GUUUGGAGCGAAUGGUUGUGCUUGUAGGCAGCGCGACUGAUUAGUUUCGCGUACCGGUGGCUUAAGAAUGCAGGCCAAAACUGCACAUAGCCCCGGUGGAGGGAGAUGAACGCUUCGAGCACGAAAAAUACAAACACAACAACGAUAUUAACACCUUUUUGAUAAAGAUCGAACGACAGUAUGUAGUACAACUGCACGACAAUGUUGAAGAGCAGCAUCACCAGAGCGAUACAGAUUUGCGUUUGCGUGAGGAGCCACACGUUGAUGAGUACGACCCGAUCAGAACCGAACUGUCGUUCGAUGGCUAGCGCACGGUUGGAAAUGUCUACCAGUGUGCGGCCGUUUAGCAGUGUCCAACAUAUAAGGGGAACUACCACUACCAGCCGUAUGCCGUACAGAAUCAUCGUAAUGACACCCAUCACGGUGGUUAGCAGUUCAGUAAAGUCAUGUAACAGAAGCAGUAGCGCAGAAGUGGCGCUGACUAGCGUUAAAGACGACAGGAUGGCCGUAUUCCAGAGGAGGUUUCUGUUGCGAAAGAUGUAACUGUUGGAUUUCUGCUGCUCGGUGCGGUGAAGCUGAACCGGCGACACGAGAAAGUGAUUGAACAAGUUUAGGAUCUUCAGCUCCUCCAUGCUGCGGGCACGGGUAGGCGCGACUAGAUGGCAACUGGCGCAGCUCUGGCGCUAAUGGAUCACUCCAACGACAUGGCUCGACGCGGGAUGGAAGGAAACAGUACGUUGAAUAAUUGAGCCAGGGACGUUAAAUAUUAAAUCAAGCAACAACAACGUAUGAGUAAUUAAAUCCAUUUGGUGGGAUAAUGUAGCGCCGUGUAGCCUACCUUUCGAUCCAGCAUGGUGAACUGGAAGCACAGCCCAAACAGCAUUACCGUUUCCUGUACCGCAAUGAUCGACAGCCGUGUGAUGUCUCGGAGAUGUUUUUCGCUUAGCACAUGCUCCAGUAUAUCGUACGUGCAGAACGAUACGUUGAACAUGAGAUGCAGUAUCACAAGGAUUAGCUUAAGGCCAAUCACCUCGGAGAGAUGGUUCUUGCAGCCGUCCAGCACCGUCAGCUCACGGAUAAUGGCGUGAAAUGGAUGCACACCCAGACUGUGCUGCAGAGUCGCGUACGCAUUGGAAAGCGUUUCCGCAAGCAGCUGACAGAGCAACAGGUUCAGCAGGAUGUAAUGCUCGACCAGGACGCCGCUAACGACUCCCAGGGAGUACGAAUACUGACGACUUUGGUAGAUUUUGUACAGCGCUUCGGAUAUUGAGAGAACAUUGCAGAUUAGUAGUAUCACUAGCUGUAGUUUUUUAACGGAAAAUUGGCUGCCCUUCCGCCCAGUGAAGGCACUGCCCGGUAGGGUGUGAAGUAGCGAGAGUAGGUGAAACCGUUGCCGAAAGUUGUCGCAAAUCAGCAGCACCACAAUGAGCACCGUUACCAGCAGCCGGGCAUAGAUGGUGAAGAGGUUAAGGUUGAUGGUGUGCUGGUCCUUUCUUCGGUGCGUUGUCCAGGGGUUAAGGAACGCCAGCACGAAAAUCACGACCAGCGGCAGUAGCAACUGCACACGUGCUCGGGAUAUUUUGUAGCCAACCGCUGGCUGGUGGCCUUUCGUGGGUCGUACCGUACGCACAUUGCAGAUGAGCAGGGUGUGAAAAAUGUUCAACACUUUUAGCAUUGCUUUCCACACACACACGCACGCACACACGCGGAUGGAAGAUGGGUGUAACUAAACGCAUCGGGCCAACACGCAACCUUGCAAUGCGAUGAGGCUACGCGUUUGCGACGUUGAUAAGCGAGCACUUUAAUCAAUUACCAAAUUAAUUAUGAACGGGUGGGCCUCCCCUAAACCUCCAACAAACGGGCGACCCUCACGUAAUCGUUCGGCAGUGUGUGUGUGUGUGUGUGUGUCUUGGACGGAGAUGUGCUCCAGUUUUCUUUUUUUGCAGCGCUUGAGGGUAAAGCCACCAGCACAACUGAGACGAAUAUGCCGCGUUACCUGUUGCAGCACGGCCUACUAGCACACUACAAGGCAGCCAAUGAGCAAGAAACCUAUCCCAAACGCGCACAACGCGGCGCUAAUGGGAGCGUCGUUUGGGGGCGCUGGUGUGCUAAGUGCCGGGGGUCCUACAAUAUCGGGCUAAUGAGUGUUUUGAUGUGAUUGUUUAAUGGGUGGUGUGGAGCGUGCCUACCCCAAAACGGGAAUACUGGCCUCCCAGGUGGGUAGGGGGAUCGGUAACAGAUUUGUAAAAGGUUUGAUAGCGAAGGGGGCACAACACGCCGCCAAGUGCGCUAAUGUGAAGAAAGCCCUUCGCCGUCCGAGAGGGUCGAAGUGCUCCAAAAUAAUGACCCACCGGUUACAUGAUCUUGGUGAGCCAAAGGGGGGGGAGUGAGCCAACGUUUGCCAAAAAGCCGCCUUCAAACGGGAGCGAAAGAGCAUCCAGUUUGGCAUGCUCCACGCCGAGCAUGCUGCUGCUGCUGCUGCUGCUGCGGCUUAUUACAUCGGCAUGCGCGAGAGCGGGCCACGAGCUGCACUGGUACGGUCCAUGUUUGGGCAGCUGGCCGCAGAGGGUCGGCUCGGUAUUCCCACCCAUUCCGUUUGGGUUGGAUGAGAUGCACACACACACACACACACCCUGGUAGGCUGGCAGGCAAACGCAUUUCGAUUCGAGCGCUUUGUGUUCGGGCAUAUGAGUGCUUCUAUUACUUUUCUCCCGCCAAGAAGAGGACGACGAAGAUGUUACGGUAAUCAAAAAUACCUUUCGCCGCAGUGUACUUUCCCCUCCUGUCCCGCAAAGGGAGGGGUGUUUGACUAACUGCAUGCGAGGAUUUCCAAACCUCACAUAGACAACAACCAAAAAGAGCCCGUGUUAGAGUUGGGAGGGUUUUUUUUUUGUUGCGGUGCGAACGGAUUGAUUAUCUCGCCUGAUGCUAUCAAUCCCCAUUAUCGUCGUAUCUUACCUCGGAAAACAUGCGUACGAAAAGGGGGAGGUGGCAGGUAUGAGGGCGUCUGUUGGCCUACUGCCUGUAGCUUCGUAGCGAGGUAGGAGGAGGACUUUGGCGUAGACGGCUAAGGCCAAUACUUAAAAGCCGGCGUUUUCGUAACGGCACGGUUCAGUCGCGAUCGGUCCGGCCGGGUGGGUAGAGACUGUGCCCCUACGCUUCAGCAGACGAUUCCGAAGCAUGAUCAUGGGUUGGCAGGUGGCGCUGCUGGUGCUGGCCGGUGCAGCGGCUGGGCAGGCGCGUGUUCUCGCCAGCAGUCGGCGGAUUCGGGACUACGAUUUUGAUUUUUCGCAUCUCGGCGAAGCGCUGUACGGCAAUCACGAUAAGGCGGCGAUCGGCGAGCUGGUGCGUGCAUGGUCCCGAUCGCACAACGGCAGCAGCGUCAACCCGGAAGAGCUCGGCACGUACGCCGAGGGUGACAUCCAUCAGCCGCUGAUCGAGCGCAAUGCGCUCAAGUUCACCAGCAGCAAGUGGAAGAAGGGCAUAGUGCCGUACGAGUUUAGUGAGGAGUUUUCGAUCGGUGACCUUACCAAGCUGUUUUCGGCGUUCGAGCAGUUCCACCAGAAAACGUGCAUCCGCUUUGUGCCGCACACGAAGGAGCGGGACUACGUGGUGAUCGAGGGCCGCAGCUCGGGAUGCUGGUCGGCGGUCGGGCGGAUGGGUGGCCGGCAGGUGCUGAAUCUGCAGCGCAACGGCUGCCUCCAGAUGGAGGGCACCAUCGUGCACGAGCUGAUGCAUGCGCUUGGGUUUCUGCACGAGCACACGCGCUACGACCGGGACCGGUACGUGAACAUCUUCUUCCGCAACGUGCGCCCGAACCUGGUCAGCAACUUUGGGCGCGAAAGUGAGUCCCAAACGACGACGCUCGGCAUGCCGUACGAUUAUGGCAGCGUUAUGCACUACUCCAGAACGGCGUUCAGCAAAAACGGCAAACCGACGGUCGAGCCGAAGAUCAAGUACAGUGGGCAGCUGGGCCAGCGCGUCGGCUUUUCGGCGAAGGAUGUACAGAAAAUCAAUAAGCUCUACUGUCAUCGGUAAGGCAGCGCGGGGCCAGUUGCACAACAGUAGCGGCUGCAAGCCGGGGCCCGAGCUCUUACCUAAGAAUGAAUGAACCAAAAACGAGACGUGUCUUCUGAGAUACGGUCAAGAAGACGCAGGUGUGUGUGUGAGUGUAUACAUUAAUGUUAGCUGGUAGUAAUAGGUUAACGAGCGAAACGAAAACGAAACAAAUGAUCUGAAAAU